AUGGCGUACAGAGUAGGGUUUCGCCCCUUUAAAUAUCUGCCAUCUGUACUCGCUAUGAACAACUUCUUCCUUUUGAUUUCCAAAACCAUUGUCCUUGCAAAUCAAGUUCAAGAUCAGCAGAAAAUCGGCCGCAAGACAUCUGAAUAUAUCUCAAGUUUUUCACUUCAGAUCCAAAAAUCCACACAAAACCAAGAUAUCGUGUGGUCGGGUGAAUCCUGGUUUUGCAGCAAUCAGGACUCUGAAGUCGAGCCUCUGGUUCCCAGCCUAAACCCUCAUUCUAGAGAGGUCUUCAUAACCCCUUGUCGUUUGGAGAUCAGCGCAAGGCACGUUGAUGGUCCCGCGGAGGUUCUCACGCCCAAACAUUUUCUCCAACACUCAUCAGCCCGAAGCUUGGUGUCUUAUCGGGAAUUUGUGAACAAUCGGGUCAGGCCUUUUGCUCUGAACGAGCUGUCGGGGUACGCUGACCAGCGGGCUGUCUCGUCUCUUGAGGAAAUGGGCACCAGAGAACCAGUAGGUGAGAAUGUGGAGAUUCUGUGUCAGGAUAAAGGGGUGAAGGGCUGCUGGUUCAGGUGCAAGGUUUUGAGUAUGAUGCCAAAGUGUCUAAGGGUCGUGCACUGUGAUGUCAGCAAUGUUGAUGGAUCUGGGCAGCUGGAGGAUUGGGUGGCGAAAGGCAGAGUAGCCUAUCCCGAUGAACUCGGAAUGAGAAGCAACGGCCGUCUUACAGUGGGGGCCGCAGUCGAUGUGUGGUGGUUUUCCGGCUGGUGGGAAGCUGUUGUGACCGGAAUCGACACUUCUGAACAACCCAAGAUUCAAGUCUAUUUGCCAGGUGAGCAUAAGUUUUUGUUCUUUGAGCGGAAGGAUGUUAGAGUUUCCAAAGAUUGGGUUGGCGAACAAUGGGUGGAUGUGAAGCCGAAGCUCAACAUUCUUUCUUUCCUAAACUCGCAUCUGAACACGCUGCCAAAAGUGAAACUCCCUCAGGUUAGCAAAUCAGAGUUGUCGAGUUCGUCUGCUUCCAACUGGAAAAAGAAACUGAGACUCGAGCGUGAUGCGAAUGCGAUGCUUGCACUGGACACUAUGAAGGCAAGCAAGCAAUCACAUAUCAUUGCAAGGAUAACAAAUCUUUGCAACCUCAUAAACCAAUACACCUUCUGCACAAAACUCAACAAUUCCUGCAAAUCCACUACUCAAGAACUCAACCAAGAUCCAAUAUGGCUCGAAUUAAGACAGGAAGCCGAGCUCAACGCAACACAAGAGCCCUUCUUGUCGGAAUUCUUUGACUCAUCCAUUUUAUCCCACGCAUCACUAGAAAGCGCUUUGGCAAACACGCUAUCCAUCAAACUGAGCGACAUGAACCUAUCAAAACAAGAUCUUUACAAUGUUUUCCACAAAACACUGGUCGAAAACACUGGAAUCCAGGCAGCCGUUAGAGACGACUUAAAAGCCGUGAGGGAGCGUGAUCCUGCCUGUUUGGGCUACCUCAACUGUUUCCUCAACUUCAAGGGCUUCUUAGCCUGUCAGGCCCAUAGGCUGGCCCAUGAAUUCUGGGCCCAGAGCCGGAUCGCCUUGGCCCACGUGGUCCAGAGCCGGGUUUCGGAGGUUUUCGCAGUGGACAUCCAUCCUGGGGCGGAGAUCGGCCGCGGGAUGGUGUUCGAUCACGCGACGGGGGUCGUUAUCGGGCGGACGGCUGUCGUCGGAGACGGCGCCACGAUUAUGCACGGCGUGACUUUGGGGGAGGGAGAUGGGGGCAGCUGGCAUCCUGUGAUUGGGGAUGGGGUUGUGAUUGGGGCUGGGGCUAAGGUCUUGGGGGGUAUUCGGGUCGGGCAGAGCGCGAAGGUGGGUGCCGGUGCGGUUGUGGGGGAAGAGGUCCCGCCGGGAAAGACGGCGGUCGGAAAUCCGGCGAGGUUGGUCGGGUUGAGAUGA